CCCCAGGGCGCUCGCUGGCCAUGCAGGCGUGGGUAAGCAGUACACACAUGCAUUUAUGCGCUGCAGCGCGCUGGUCGCGUCAGAUCAACAUGUGCACUGCAUGCAACGUUCUGUACGCGCUGAGGGCGCCGGCCCCGGUCAUUCGACUGGAUUUCCUUGUCCACGACAGUACUGUGCCAAAAUGAAAGUGUAAGCGAGAUAAAAAAAUACGAAUUGCGAGGACUGGCAGGCAAGGACAGCAGAGCCUUAGAGUACGAGUACAGCUCUAUUAACAAGAGCGUAUCAAGAGUGCGUAACUCCACAUAGGCUUCAGUCACGACUCAUUUUUGACGUAUUUUAUUUUUUCACGGUGCAAUGCGCCUGACGGUGCUCGAAACUUCAUUGUGCACGGUUGACUUCGCAUCUAAAAUACAUAGGGCCUAAUUAGAUCACGAGGAAUGGAGUUAUUCCAGUUACGUAUCUGGUCCAGCUUUUAGGGGUGCAUAGCCGAAAAUCUUGUUGAAUCAGUCCGCACCUACAGCAGUAAGAAAUUGCAGUGUACAGCUAUGCAGCACACAUACAGCUAGCUACAGGUAAACGUGAACUUGGCACACUGGCACUCGAUUCUGACUUCCCGGCAGCCACUGAACUCUGUGGUCCCCGCCAUUUCGCCCGAACAUGCGCAUGCUGAACGAAGGCAGAAAGACGUAGUGCCCCCCUCCCGUGCUCCUCACGGGGUGCAGCAUGACCUGUCUUCUAAAGAUGAGUAGUGGCGACAGCAACCAUUGGUGGUUGAAAACUCUGUGGAGUUAUGUACUCUUGCCAGUAAGUAAUGAGAGUAGCGAGAUAAUAAUUGAAAUUAGCUGCAGGAAGAGAUCUCCUGUAAACAGCGAUCUUACUACAACCUCCUACAGAAGUUGUGCAAUGACGCACCAUCCCGGAGAAAGUGCUGCAAAGUGGAUGCGACUUGGUGGCAAGAAAAGACCGUCUCACAAGGAAUUUUAACUUAGCAGGCCAUUGACGGUGCGAGCCGAAAUGAAAAUCAAGUUUUGUAGUGGCACUUGCCUGAGGUCAACAAAGCCCCCAACGCCAAAACUAUGUCAAAUCUCUGCACAACAACAUCUUAUUUAUUUUAUUUUAUUUCACCGUCCAAUGGCAGAAGCCAAUGCAAAGGAGAGGGCGCUAUCCAGCCAUGGCAAGAGAAGGAAAAAGAAAGAAAAAAGGGAAGAACAUAAUAAUAAUCGGAAGAAAAGAACGCAUCAAAGCGAAAAGAACGCAUCAGCAGGGUGAAAUUUAUCACUGUGUUGCGAAUAGUGGCGAGAUAAGCUAGCAAAAUGUACUUCAAAGUACAGUCAACUUCGCUAAUAACGACUGCGGAUAUAACGACAAUUCGCAAAUAACGACAGAAUUUCCAUGUCCCAAGCAAAGUCCCAUCUAACUGUAACACAUGUAAUGAGACUUGGGGUAUAAGGGCACUUCGCGAAUAAGGACAGUUUUCUGAUGCCCCGCCGCCGCCGAGUGUUGUUAUACGCAAAGUUGACUGUACAUGCAGAAGUGGGGAAACACGUACUAUGCUGCAACUGUGAAGCACUGCUCCCUCUCUGCAUCCCAUGGCCCCAGUGCAUGUACUACAGUACGUGAAGUACAACACACGAAAAAGGGUAAAAUAAUAUCAUGCUUAUAAUGUGGUGUUUUAGCUUUAAAAUGUUACCAGUUGCAUUGGUUUCGCCGUGCUGUGGCAUUAUGUAUUGGUGUAUGUGUGCGUAACACAUGCAAUGCUGGCCCCAUUCUCCACCCAGACACUGGCCUUAUUGAGAUCAACAAGAAGAACAGGGCGAGGGGUUUUAUACCGCCACACGAUCCCAACGUUCCUGCCACGGUCCCGAUGAAUCGUAUUCCCGCCCACCUGACCAGUGGAGGGGACUACGACGUCGUUCCACCCAAUGCAACCACUGCUCAGGGAGCACAGGGCACAAAUACCACUGGUCAGAUGGCAGCAAAUGGAGAGGCCGAGAAUGAGUACGACGUCGCCCUGCCACCAACAGCCGCCAAGCCUGGUGCGGACCCGGCCGGUGACACCUACGACACGUUCACGUUCAACACUGAACCGACUGGGGAGGGUCCCGACCCGAGCACGUACGACCACAUCGGCAAGGUCUUGCCGAACGCUGCCGCAGUCACUUCCCCUGCUUCGGCUUCACCUGCGGUUCCCAAACCGGACGUGUACUCGACGGUCGAUUCAACCAACCUUGCACCGCAGGCCCCAGCACUGGUAACAACUCCUACACAGCCUCCUCCUGACGCGACCCAGGGCACGACCACUGACAACCAACUGCCAUCACCAAAUUUGGAGUCCCUGGCUACGGAUUCACCUGCACCUCCCAGAGACGUGUACUCAAUGGUAGAUCCAACAAAGAAAAAGCGCAACAAAUAGAGUGGAGACAUCCCAACGGCAUGCCUUGGCCUCGGGCAAGCCUAUCUGAAACUAGGCCACAGUUCUUCUUGCUGACGUGCUCAGCUGCACCUGCCAUCACCAUCCCAUUGGCCCGGUUCUCCGUUUGCAUGUUGCCCUAUGUCUAUGACUAUCGGCCCGCAUGCACACACGAGCGCGCACACACAGAUACAUGCACACGCACACACACACACACACACACACACACACACACACACACACACACACACACACACACACACACACACACACACACACACACACACACACACACACACACAUACACACACGCGCACGCUCACAAUACGUUCCACGCUACGCACGCAUGCACACACACGCGCACACGCGCCAUCACAAUGCUUUCCACGCUGCGCUUGCUGCAUGCCAUUCUCCCCUUUGUUAAUGUUGUUGUGCAUAUUUGAGCACCGCACUUUCCCAAGUCCCUUUGUCAUGUUCUUCGCCAGGGGCUGCUUGACCCGCACGAAGUUCGACAGAAACCUGCAUGCCACUCUCCUACUUUUUGCCACAAAAAAUACAAAAUCCUACAAAAAAAGUUUCACUCUGGUCAUGUAUAACACAUCUGUAGUGCAUGAAUGGUCUGCAUGCCCACAUUAAAUACACUCCAUCAAAAUCAGUCAUAGCUGUCCCGCAUCCACUUGCAUGCUUCCCCUGGUCACCAACUGCUAGCAAACACACUGUUACAAUUCCCCAAGAAAAAAAGAAAAAAAGGACAAGUUAAUGUUGCACGUUGCCGUAUUCUCUCCCUCCGCAUGUGAUUCCGUUUCCUUGUUUUUAUUUCUCGUUUUUUCUGUUUUUGGCUUUUCCACUUCCUCUGUACAUGUGGUUACUUCAUCUUACGCAACCACUUGUAGCGGUAACUUAGUAGUGUCCCUUUCCUGGUGGCAAGCAGCCUUUGAGCUAGUUUCGCAACCUGCCAAACAAUGUAUGCCUCCCUUUUCUUUUUUAAAUUACUGUAUGGUAUGGUUUCUUACCGUGUUUU